AUGUCUACAGCACACAUAAGCACGGAAUUCAGUGGGCUUAAAAGAGUGAGUUCAACUUCUGCAUCGAAUUCCAUAUCAUCCUUCAACUUUUCAUCGGUUUCGGUGUCAUCGAGCUCCUCCUCAUUGUGUAAAAGUGGUAUUGCACCUGUGUUCAUUUCGCUCCAAAAAAAGGAUAAGGGUACUAUUAUGAUGUCAGCCCAGGUCACCCCGAAGAUCUUGGCUAGCAUUAACUCAAAGGAGUCAAAUCUUAAAGCAAACACCGUACAUCAUCACGAAAUGGCUAAUCAAGCCAAAGUCAAUGCGUCAUCUCUACCACUGUCAGACGAUCCGCGGACACUGCAAUUGGCGUUGGAACUAUCACUAGUAGGAUUUAACGACAAUCCAACUUGCUAUGCGCAACCUGCUCCACCCCUAUCAAUGCCUUUAAGUGCACAGAGUGAUUUUGAAAUAGGUACCAUCAAUGGCAUGCCCGCGUUUUCUAAAACAGACAGCACCCUGCCACUUCCACCGGCACCGAGCUCCCUCCUAUUACCCUGUGCCGGCAACGUCAGCUUAGAAGAUCGAUCAAAGAAGUCGCAGAAUAUGACCGAGUGUGUUCCAGUCCCCAGUUCCGAACAUGUUGCCGAAAUAGUAGGCCGACAAGGUUGCAAAAUAAAGGCUUUGAGAGCCAAAACCAACACUUACAUUAAAACGCCCGUUCGAGGAGAGGAGCCGGUGUUUGUAGUAACUGGUCGAAAGGAAGAUGUGAACAAGGCUAAACGAGAAAUUCUUUCUGCUGCUGACCACUUCAGCUUAAUACGAGCAUCACGUAAGCCCUUGAGCGACGGUCAUAGUGGCAGUUUCGCAGGAAGUACGAGUGGAUCUGGAGGUAGUGCAAUGCCGCGCAUGCAGUCUGGACCUCCAUGUAUGCCAGGACAGAUAACCAUACAGGUACGUGUACCUUAUCGGGUGGUUGGACUUGUUGUUGGGCCUAAAGGUGCUACAAUUAAACACAUUCAACAAGAGACUCAAACUUACAUUGUAACACCGUCGCGCGAAAAGGAACCAAUUUUUGAAGUGACUGGCUUGCCAGACAAUGUAGAUACUGCACGAAAGCAAAUAGAAGCUCAUAUUGCCCUUCGAACUGGAACAGGAUCUGGAAGUGUCGAUGGUAAUACUGUGCAAGGUGGUGAACCGGUUGAGGGAAAUGAAUUUGCGACCCUGCCGACAAUAAAUUCAUUAACCCAAAUAUUAAAUGAUAAUUUGAAUUCAGAUAUUUUGUCGUCUAUAUACAAAAAUGCAAUUCCAUCUGCACAGGAUUAUGCAAAAAAUAUAAUAAAAAUUGCUGAGAACGGUAGCCAUUCCGUAAAGACAAUGCAAGGCCAUCAUACUGGCAAUUGCUUUAAAAAAACUGAGUUUUCUGAUAUGGAAAUAGCAGCAACUAUAAAAGCAACUCAAAUAUCAGACAAACAUUUUCCGGAAAAUGAAGUUUCCAUGCCAUCAUCGAAGGCUAAUGUUGUAUUCCGUAAUACGCCUAGCAAAACAUUAUCCUACUGUCCUCCCACACCUACAUCAGCAUCGAUUCAUUCCAACUCUAAUGCUAAUAUUUUAACAAGAUCUUGUUCAUCUGCUUCUUCAACAACUUCAACAAAGAGUACCAACAAUAGCGCCAACACACCUCCAGAAAUAUUAAGUAUAUGGAAAAAUAUAAGUGAUUCAAUUGACGUCGACGAGGGUAUAGGGGAGUCGCCUAGUAUUUGGAACCAACAGGGUAACAUUAUACCCACAGCACACUGCUCACCUACAGUCUCAAUUAGUCCUACGGAUUCGCUCUUAGGUUUUGGUGAGCAUUCUGUAAAUCAAAAAAAUCUGCAUCAGACUAAGGAGCCGACUACAUGUAGCAACAAGCAAAAGACGCAAGCUAUUCAAUUGCAACCUAUCCCGGAUAAAUUUAUGAUUCACCGCGAAUGUUUUGUUUGUAACGAAAAUGAUGUUACAACUGCUUUGGUUCCAUGCGGCCACAAUAUGUUUUGCAUGGAAUGUGCGAAUCAAAUAUGCAUUUCUAUGGAAGCAGUUUGUCCGGUUUGUAAUUCUAUUGUUUACCAUGCAAUGCGCAUUUUGGGAUAAUUUUCAUUGUAAUAAUUUAUUAGUUUAUUGCUCAUUUUGUUUAAGAGUUCAUUUUAACUGGUAUAUUUAUACGUUUGAAAAUUGUGUAUGUCCUUGCAGGCGCUAUAAGACAUUUCCCGUCACAAAAUGUAAAUAUAUUCUUUAUCAGCAUAACUAGAAGAGUCAAUCUAGCCAUGUCCGUUUGUCCGUUUCUCUGCCCGUUUCUAUCCUGCACGUCCCAUUCGAAAAUCAAAUAAAAAAAACCUUAAAAAAUUUAAAACUUCUAAUUUUGGUUUAUUUCUGCAUAUAUUGAAAAUUAAAAAAAAUAACGGUCGCUUUUCUCAUAUAGCUUCCAUAGGAACGAUCGAAUAAUUAUUCUCAAAAUAACACAAAGACCGCUAUAUAUUGUUUUCGGUAAAUUAAAAUGGUAAUAGUUAAUUAAAUAGGAACAUUAUCUUAGUAUCACUGUAUUAAGUAUUUAUAAAAACUUUCGAUGUUUGCUUCCAUUCUUGGUUUUAUUUUUUUAAUUUUGCCAAAAUAGUAAUGUUGUUUUAGCUUUGGUUUUUUGGUACAUUUAUAACACUUACAGCCAAAAUGUCAAAAACAGGAUAAUAGUAGUUCUUCGUACAGUUGAAUCUUUAGAUCACGAAAAACUACGUCAAACUAUUCGUAUUUUAAUUGAGCACUGGUUUUUUUUAAUUUUAUAAAGAUAAUUUUUUAAUAUUUUGAGUUGCGGUCAAAAAAUUACCGAGUAAUAUCGAUUGUCGAUUAAAACGACGUUUAAAACAAAUAUUACGUUGGGCAAUACUAAAAUUCAAAUUCCAGCAGCAAUUCUGUUAUUGGCUUAACAAUGCAAACCUAUUAUUUUAUUAUGGAUUUCUUCCAAAUAUGGCUUGUUCGGCUUGUAUGGACGGUAACUUUAAAGUAGUGCACAAGUUUUUACGAUAUCAACAGACGCUUUACAGUCACUGACAGUUUUUUAGAAACUGCUGAGCUGUUGGUCACAAUAUAUGCAACGCAUUUACCAAAAACGACCUAGGGUAUGUUUAAAUGUUUAUCCUAAAAAAAUGUUUAGCCUGUUUUAUUUUAAAUAAUGUUAAAUCGGUCCUUUUCUGCUAUUUUUAUACCUAGGCAGAGGGUAUUAUGAUUUCGGUCAUAAGUCUGCAACGCAGUGAAGGAUACGUUUUCGACCCCAUAAAGUAUAUAUAUACUCUUACAUUUUUAUAUAUAGCCUUUUCCGCCCGUCCCUCCGUUUCUACAUAAACAAGUAUCUCAGUUUUAAAGUUUAUUAGGCUUAAACUUUCCCAAAAGUCUUCUUUAUAGUGCAGGUAGUAUAUAAGACGCAAUCUGCCGGAUCACGCAACUAUAUCUUAUAUCUGCCGUAUGAAUAAUCAAAAAAAAAAUAUUUUAAUUGGAAAUGACAGUUAUUAAUUAGUUCGGAAUUUCGAAUUGAAUUUUAUCAAAAUCGGACGACUACAUCAUAUACCUGGGGACGACCGGAAAAUUGGUGGGAAAACAAUAUGAAAAAAUAAAGCUUCGUUUUUUUAUUAUCUUAUACUAUUCGGCAUAUAAUUUUUUUUAAUUUUAAGAAUUUUAAAUUAAGUUGAAUCAAACUCUAACUUGUAGUUUUCAAUUAAACGGUCAGAGAAACAACAAAAUAAUUAUUUAAAAAAUAUAUAUUUUUUAAAUAUCACUGAAGAUAACAACAGUCUUUAAAAAUGUAAUAUGGUGUUACUAACAUUACUAAUUUCUUAUAAGUGCAAGGGUACUCAAACUUCGGAUUGCCGAGGUUAACUUUCUUCAAGUCAAUGUCGCCCUAAAAUAGAAAAAAUGGAAAUGAUUUGAUAAUAAUUAUUAAUGUAAUAUACAAAUUAUUACUGGGGUUCUAACAAAAUUGAAAAAAAUUACAACAAAAUAAUAAUUACUUUUAAAGUAAUAUCUUUUUGUUUUAUAUAUUUUCUAAAGUUGUAUUUCCGAAGUUUUCAAAAAAUCAUCACAGAAUAGGUAAUCCGAUUGUAGCAUUGUUAUAAAUAAAAACACUAAAAAAAUAAGUAUUACAUUUAGAUUUCUAUUAUAGUUUUUAUUGAAUUUUAUUUAAUUAUAUUAUAUUUUUAUUUGCCAAACACACCUUUAACAAGUCUAAAAAACAUUGCCGUUCCAAUCGAAGUUAAAGUUUCGGUAGGUCCUAGCAUAUUUAUUUAAUAUAGGUAUGGUUGGAUGUCAAAUGUCAGCCAACUACUACCUUCUUUUCAAAACUGUAACAUAAAAAAGUAAAAUGCUUUUAGUAUAAUUUUAGGCAAAUAACGUCAUUAUGGUGUGCGAAUGUUUACUUUUAAAGAAUAAAAACACACUGGAUAUAUAUGUAGACCAUGUAGAUUGAUCAUUUUCCAACCUGUGUUGAGGUAAUAUAUGUCGGACUUUUUAUACCCGGUAUACUAGAUUUGUCUGAAAGUAUGUAACAGGCAGAGGAAGCGUUUUCGACCCCACAAAGUAUAUAAAUUCUUGAUCAGUAUCACUAGCCGAGACGAUCUACCCAUGUCAGUCUGUCUGUCCGUCCGUAUAACCGCUGAGAUCUUGGAAUCUAUAAAAUCUAGAAAGUUGGGAUUCGGAAUGUAGAUUCUAGAGCUUCCAUGCCCACAAACGACCAUAGCACUAGAAAUCGUCUAGCACGCACAUUUAUUAAUAUUAUCUAAAAGUUUAAAUGCGAUUGUGUUCUUUAAAUGUUAAAGCCAACAUAUUUAAUAUGUUGCAAGGUCAAUUGAGCUUGCACACCACAUGCAGCAAAUCAGCAGUUCUCACUUAUACCCCGAUAAAGGCGCCACCAGUUGGGCUUAUGCUUGGUAGCGUUGGGUGCAGCAAGUAUGCGCUGGUCUCCUUUCCUGGAGACUCCAUCCGUCUUGCACUCCAUUUAGCUGAGUAACGGGUAUCUAAUAGUCGAUGAAAUCGACUAUAGCAUGUUUUCUUGUUUUGUAUUAAACUUACUUUACUUCUUUCUUUAUUAAGUCAAAAACCCAUUGAAACCGCCAUUUAAUGCAACCUAUGACUUAUAUAGCCCCUAAUCUUCAAGGACUAAUUUGAAAACCAAAGAAAUUAAUAUGAAUCCCCUGUAUACUUUUUGAAAAGAUUGGGACCCGAACGCGUUUUUUUUGGAUUUAGAAACAGAAGCUCAGCCUUAACCCUUUUUUAGUAGAUAAAAUGACAGCCGAUUUCACAAAGCCUUCUAAGAUGCAAUUUUCCGUACCCUUAGAUACACAAAACCAGAUAAUUCAAUAAUCAAAGCAAGCCCUGUUAUUUUGAUUUUAUGUUCAAAGACAGAAUGACGUUGCGUCGUUAUGGUUGUUAUAGUUGACGCGGAUAUAUGCGAAAAAAACUUGCGCUGAAUCAAAAUGAUAAGAAAAAGGAAAAAAAAAACCGAAUCUACAAAUUUGAAACAUUUUUUGUAUUACUUUUCCUAAUGUUCCUAUAAGAUCUACAUGAUUGUCGGAAGUUGUACACUAUUUUAACGUUAACUAAAAUAUAUGGUUUUAUAUAGAUAUUUUAACAAAUAAAUAGUUUUGAACGAUCCAAAUUGGAUCCGUUUUUGCUUUAAUAAUCAGAAAAUUUUGCGGUAUAGGAUUAUUAAAUUGAACAGUACAAUUAAUCAGUACACUUCUUAGGAAGUUUAUACAACAUGAUUAAGGUUAUUGAGUAAAUCAACAAAACUAGGAAUAUACAAUACAAAUUUAACUAAUUAUUAUUUUUUGUCUUGCAAUUUAAUAAUCAAUGGUUACAUUUCUCUAUACGUCAUUCUUGUGCGUAGAAUAGUUCCUCGAGUCCUCAUUAAGCGCAAAAAAGAAUGUACCCUUAAAGCUAUUCAGUUUUCUCGAUACCUUAAAUGUAUCUGAGUGAGAAACAAUGUCGACGUGCCGUUAAUCAUAGAAUUAAAAUGUCAAACAAUGAGGUGUUUAAUGUACAUAGGCCUAAAAAAAUGUCCUUGCCUAGCACCAUUUUACCAUUAAAACUUUUCUAAGUAUAAUUUAUUACUAUUCUAAAGUUCGUCAGCCCUGGUAGUUUCGAUAAUAGUAUAGGAAAAUCACACAUUCUUAAAAGUUUUUGGUUUUGUGUAAAAGAAUGGCCAUUUAACAUUUAUACGUUUUUCGUCACUAAAUAGUAGAUUUCAAAUAGUCGUUCUUGCCUUGCUAUCUUAUCUUAUAAUUCAUGAACAGUUUUUAUAAAUCAAAUACAACCUUUUUUUUUACUAUUUUUCAAAGGAAGGAAGCUGUUUAUUAGGUUUUGAUAAAAUGUUAAAGUUUUAAGAAAAAUGAGAAUGUUCCAAUUUAAUUUACUACUCAAGAUGAUUGCCGAAGUGGUCAGUAGUUCAUUCGUAAUCAAAAAUAACAAAGUUAUUAAUGUUUUUUUUAGUAUUUUCUCAUUAGUUAUCUGAUCAUUUCUUUGGCAGCUGCAGUAUAUAGUCGUUCGAGCUUUUUACUUUUUUUUUUAUUAUUAAAAUAAUGAGAUUUCUAAGAGUGUAAGUUAAUAUAUCAAAAAAUAUCAAUACUAUAUAUUUUUUACAUUUUUAUACCCUUGGAAAACAUUUAGGUUAAAGGCUUUAAUUAGAUCUGUUCCUGGAUUAUAUUAAAUAAAGAUGUUAAUUAAAAAAAAUAUACCCUUGGAGGGGGUAUAAUGAUUUCACUCAGAAGUUUGCAAAGCAGUGAGGUCUCCGAACCCAUUAAGUAAAUAUAUCCUUGAUCAGCAUCACUAGACCAGUCGAUCUUGGAAUGUCUGUCUUUCCGUUCGGUUCUAAGCAAACUAGUAUCUCUGUUAUAAAGCUAUCGGGCUAAAACUUUCCCAAAAGUCUUCUUUCUAUUGCUAGUAGUAUAUAAGUCGGAACCAGCCGGAUCGGACAACUAUCCCUUAUAGCUCCCAUAGGAAUAAAAAAACUGAGAGAUUAUAUUUGAUCAAAAUUGAACGACUAUUUUAUAUAGCUGUCAUAGGAAUUAUCGGAAAAUAGGUUCGGUGUUUUUUGACGUAUUAUCUUAUAAUUUUGGGAAUGUCAUUUUUUAUAGUUUUAAGAAUUUCGAGUUAAAUUUAAUAAAAAUCGGAGGACUCUAAGAUAUAGCUGUCAAAGAAACGGUCAGAGAAAUAAUUAAAUAUUUUUUUAAUGUCACUGAAACUAGAAAUAAUUAAAAAUUGCACAUGGUGUUAAAAAUUGCACAUGGUGUUACUAACGUUAAGUAUUUCUUAUUACUGUAAGGGUACACAAACUUCCAUUUGCCGAAGUUAACUUCCUUUCUUGUUUGUAUUUAAAUAUUUUAAAUGUGCAAUAUUUUCUAUUUCCAAUCCGGUUCGCUCCGACAUAUAUACUACCUGCAAUAUAAAUAAUACUUUUUGGAAGAGAGACUAGUUUCCGUAGGAACGGUUAAACGGACGGAUGGACAGACGAACAUGGAUAUAUCUACUCUUUGAGGCCGAUCAAUACUUUAUAUACUUAAUGGAGAGUAUAUAAAUAAGUGAAAAGUUAUACUUAAAAAGUUUAACUUAUCGUAAUAAAUGACAACCAAAAAAAGAAAAUUCUGUCAGGCUGUGUAAUCAUUUUAGCAGUUUAGGCUUUAUUUAUGUUCGAUAGUAGAGUCUCUUAUCUUAGUUGGCUUUGUAAAGUCUGCUGUAAUUUCAUUAAAAAAAAACAAAUUUGUUGGUCUGUUCUUUGAUUAUAUGUAAUAAUUUGAUAAAUACCAUAAAGUUAUCAUAUAGCUUUCAUAGGAACUAUCGGAAAAUAAUGUCUAAAUAAUCAAAUACCUUUCUAUUACGUUUGCGGUAAAUUGAAUUGGAAUUCAAAUGAAACAUAUUCGUAAUAUUUUUGUAAUUAGAUUUCAGUUUUCUAAAAAUCUGAACACACAAUGCUCCCACGUCAACGACCUGCAACGGUAUAGAAACUUUUAGGUUAUUUUCUUGUUUUCAAUUAAAUGAAGUUAAUUUUUUUUAUAUUUUACCCAGUCUAGCCAAAUACAUUUUGUCAAAAUAAAAGAUAUACACGAAAAACGUAGUUAAAAAUAUAUCGGAUCUAAAAAUAAACGUUAUAACACAAAUUCUCUAAAAAAUAUAAAAUUGACUGAUAAAUAAGUAUUAAUAUUAAGAUCAGCACGAAUUAUAUAUUUUAUCCAUAGAUAAAAUCAGAAACAAUAGUUAUAAAUAUAUUUAAAAUAACGAUGUAUGACCCACGUGUGACAACUACCUUAAUAAAGCUUACGGUUAAUGUGAAUAAAAAGACUUAUACAUUUAUAGUCAAUCAUAUUUAAUACUUAUAAUACAAUGGAAAUUGCGCGUUAUGUUAAAAAAGCCAAAAUAGUUCUGUUUAAAAUUGGAUGUUAUAUAUCAAAAAUUAUGUUAUACCUGUGUUAAUAACAUUUUGUACUUUUUCCCAAAAUUAUAUUAAUAAAUCUAGUCCAAACAAUUGUAAUAGAGGCUGGCUAAUAUAUUUUUAAAUGUAUAUAAUUUUUAUAUUAAAUCUGUAAGGUCAAAAAUUAAAAUGAGUGAGACUAAUAAAGUAUAUUGAGCGCGCAAAACUAACAUUUUAAAAUAUUAUAUAAAGUAUAACUAGAAAAAUUUAAUUUCAUACAAGAAUUAUAAAAAAAGAGCAUUUAUAUAUAUACUAUAUACCAAAUAGAAAUAUAAUAUGUAUAUGUACGUAUAUAUGUAUUACAUAUGUUCAUAUAUACUAUACACAGUUAUACAUAUGUAUAUUAUUUACCUCUAAAAAAUAUGAUUUGUAAGUUAGCAUACAAUUGUAAGGAAUUCAAUACGUUUUCAUAUAUACGUAGAAUCAGUAUUUCAAAUAAAAUUAUUAAGACAUAUUAGUGAGUAACAUAUAUUAAUACAUUUUUAUUUAAAAAUGAUCUAGGGUGCUUAUUUAACUUAUAUUAAACUUGAAACGUAACUAAUGUUUCAUAAAAAGGUAUACAUAUAUACUUUUGCAAUAAAUAAUCUUUACCGCUGAUAAUGAUAACAUUAUACGAAAAUUCAGAUAAGAAAAUAAUGUUACCCUAACGUUCGAGUAUUAAAAAUAUAUUUUAGAAUUAUUUCUGUUCCUGGUUGUAGUUGUUGAAUUUAAAUGUGUCAAUCAGCGCAACAACAACUUUAAUUCGGAAAUAAAUAUUUUACAAAACUUAAUGACCUGAGAACGGACAAAACAAUAUUAAAACAUUUGUAACGUUAUAAAUUAACUUGGGAAUACAGCUGCAACUAAAGAAAAUUUAUUUGCCUUUAAACGAUUUUUCUAUUUCAGAGAAGAUAUGGAGCGUAAGCCACUUCAAUCUUUCCCUUAAAUGUAUGUUAACCUAAUAGUGAUUUUUCUUGCCGCAAAUCAGAAACAAGUUAAAUAACUCAGGUCGACAAAAAACCCCAAAUUAAAGGCUACAAAAUCUGAAAGUAUAUUACCUGUAGAAGAUCAAAAACAUAGAAAUUUUUACAGCUUGAUAACAUCUAUACCUUUUGUAGCCCACAACCAGAAUACAGCUGAUAUGAUGGAUUUUGUAGCGUUUAGUGUCGGGUAAACAAAAAGUUUCAACUUUGUCGAUAUGUGUAAUUGUUUACUGAUUAUACAUGUUCGUGGUAAUUAAAAAAACUCUUUCAAUAAAUACAUAUAUACAGUAGUAUAUCAAGUGUAUUAGGAUACGCAACCCAGCCAUUAAUGUUCUUUCUUUAAAGUUGUGUAUGAAAUAAACAACUAAAGGCUCCAACAAUAUUUUGACUCCUGUAAAACUAUUUUUUAAGAAAUGUGUACAUACGUACAUACAAAUAUUUUUUUACACAGUGUGUAAGGUUUUACAUUUAACUUAUUAUAAUUGGCUGAUGUAUUUACAACGAAUAUUUUACAAAUACGAACGAAAGAGUACUUAUAGAAAGAAAGAAAAAUAAAUAAUGAAAACAGAAUAAAAAUUCUGCGGAUAAAUAAAUAAAUUUAUGUCUAUAAAAUAUAUAUUUAUUUAUCUAAUGUAAUACAAGUAUAGAUUUAAAUUAAGCUCCUCAAUACCAAAAAUAAUAUAAACAAUAUAAAAAUAUCCAUAAUGUGUUCGAAAGAAAAUAUAAUAUCUUAGAAUUACUUUUCAUAUAUCGACUUUAA